AUGGCUGACAGUUUGUCCUUAAAAGAAUCCGUUCUGAUUUAUUUAGACAGAAGCGGCGGCCUCCAGAAACUGGCCGAAGAUUGUAAACUCUUCAACGGAACCCACCAGAUUGAGGCCGUCUACAGGUUCUGUAUCGGGGUGAAUCCCUCUGACGUGAUAGAGGUGGAUCCUGUGCUGGGUCAACGUGUUCUGUCUGAUCCUUUAGGAGCAACAGCUUUGUUUCAGUCUGUGUGCUUCUUGGCCAUAAAGACACUUUCACUUGUUGAAAAAAUACACACUGAGAGUCAGGUGAAUGUCAUUCUGAAGUUGACACAUCUGCCUCCAUUCCCCGAGUACACGUUGGACCUGUGUAGUUUCCCUCGUAGCCACGGGCCCAUGAGGCCAGUCUCCAUGGAGGGCCUGGUCAUUGCCACGACAAGGGUCACCAAAUACACCCAGGGGGCCCGGUUCCUCUGCAUUAAUGAUGAAUGUUCCUGUUCUACAGGGUUUCACCACAUCCGUGUCCAUGCACCUGGAGCCACGGAGUCGGCUACCGUGAGAGACAACUUCAGCUGCAGGGUCUGCGGCUCCCCACUGAAAGAGGAUGUGAAGUUCCGAGUGUUGGGAGACAAACAGCUUGUGGAGCUGAUCCACGUCAACGCACUGGAUGUUCUCAGUGCCCAUCAGCAAAGCCCACUCAGGUACCAGUCCGUCACCCUGUUUCUCAGAGAUGAGCUGUGUAAUUCAAUGAGAAUCGGUCGACUCUACAGGGUGUUGGGCAUUCCUGCGCAUGUGCAGCAGUGGACCGGCAUUACCUGGAGUGUCGAGGCCAACAGCGUCCAACCGUGGGAGCCAGAGUAUCCCCAUGGAGUCAGUGCCGGCUUCCAGGCGCUGUUGAAGGCCACAGCAGGUUUUCGCUGGAGGUUCUCUGCCAUUGUGGCUCACUGCUUCGGGUUGGACGUGGCUCCUCCAGGCCUCUACAAUACCUUAAAGCUCAGCUUGUUGCUCAGCUUGGUGCAGAAUCGAGCAGAUGCAAAAGACACGUUUCACAAUUUGGAUCUGCUCGCCGUCACCACCGACACUCUCGUACUGGACAGACUCAUGACUUACGGCCUGAGCUUGGCGUGUCACGGGGUCAGGCAUCAGGCCUCGGGGGAGAUGUUUGCAUCUCUGUCCCGGGACGAACACGGAGCAGGCACGGCUAACAUCCACGCUGGCUCUGCCCUGCUAGCCACUGGCGGCAUUUGCAUGUUGGGAGAUCUGGGCUGUUACAAAAAGGAGAGGCUGGAUGCCAUUCAGUCAGUUCUGGAGAGCUGCACGGUGUCUGUGUUCAUCCCAGGGAAGAAGUACGGUGAGGAUGGCGACCAGCAGCUUUGCUUUCCAGUCCACUGCAGCUUCUGGGCCCUCACGGACUCCACGGAUGCCUCUCGGCGGUCUGGGAGGGCAGACUGCGCCAUACUGGGAACAGCAGAAAUUGGUCCCGUACCGGUUCAGUUGGCUGAUGCCUUCGGCCUGGUCAUUCAGUGCAGAGAUGUGGUGGGAGAGCAGGCCCUGCUGGCCCAGACCAGACACACCCUUCAGCAGGCAGUGCAGCCGGGGAAAGCCCUCUACCCUUCCCGCUGGGAGUUUUCUCCUCAAGAAUACCAGGAGCUGGUAGCUCAUGCACAGAGCGUACAGGCGGAGCUCAGCUCUGGAGCAGAGAAAAUAAUCCACGGUUACUACAUGGCCAGCCGUAGAGUCCGAACGCAGAGUCAGGGGGUCAAGAUGUCUGUGACUUCAGUCAAACUACUGAUCUCAUUGGCAGAAGCCCACUGCAAGUUAUGUCUCAGGACACAAAUUCUGGAAGAGGAUGCCGUGAUCGCUGUGCUCCUCUGCGAAAACUCAGUCACUCUCAAGCAUGGGGUCUCAGCACUUGUUAUUCCACCUGAUGCAGUAUUUCCUUGUGACCUGGGAGACGUGGAUGGUUUCCACAAGAGAGACAAGACCCUGGAUGAGCUCCACCAGAAUAUCCUUCGCUUCAUCUACGCCUAUGCACCGGGAGCAGCCGCAUACAUCACAGAAGAAUAAGGUUUAUAUAAAAUAUGUAGGCAGCGCAAGAUUUUAU